GAGAAACAGAGAGAGAGAGAGAGAGAGAGAGAGAGAGAAAUCUUCCUCUCGUGCUUCUUGCUGCUGCUGUAGCUAUAGCUGCUGCUACUGCUGCUCAUCAUCCUCUCCAUCAUCAGCAACAUUAUCAUCAUCUCGGCUGUGAGGAGGAUGCGCUCUGCGUGAACGAGGGAUUCCAGCGUCGCGCGUUUUAUCUCGUCUUCUUUUCCUUAUUCUUCUUCUCGCGGUUGUUUAUUUGUUUGUUUAUUUGUUUGUCGGUUUGUUUGUGGUGCUUUUGGCACGCGCAAGGGUCGCGGGAGCAGGGGAGGGGGGAGGAGGACCGAGCAGAAGAGCCCCGUCUUGGUUUGGGACCCUCUCUUACAGGACAUUGUUUUUUUUCUCUUUGGAGGGGGAAGAGUAAGGGGUGCACGAUACUUUUUUUCCUCCGGAGCUGCGCGCGCGUGCUUUUGCUGUUUUCCUGCGUUUUGCUUCAGCGUUUUUCUUCUUGCUGGUCCACUGCAGCCAGCGCGAGGACGAACCUUGGGGGAAAAAAAAACAAAAAAAAAAACAAACGGAUCACAGGAGCAAAGGAGAGAAGGAGAGCGCGUGCGUACUGGUUAUCGAUAAUUUGUCGAAUCGAUCAAGCUGAUUGGGAGGACCUCCGUUUUUUGGUUACCUACCUGGAAGGACGAACGCGAGGAACAGAAGCAUGGGGUGCUGCUUGGUGCUGCGGUGCGCGCUCGCUGGCGCGCUGCUGGUUCUGCUGGGUCUGCUCUCCAAAGGACCCGACAGCGUCCAAGCGGCGGAGUUCGGCCACCUGCCCGACAACCUCACCGUUCUGGAAGGAGAAAGCGUGAUUCUGAGGUGUAAGAUUGAUGAGGAAGUUACCCACAAGGCCUGGCUGAACCGCUCCAACAUCCUGUUCGCGGGGACGGAUAAGUGGUCGCUGGACCCGCGGGUUUCUCUGGUCAACAGUAACGACAGCGACUUCUCCAUCCAGAUCGAGCGAGUCGCCGUGGCGGACGAGGGUCCGUACACCUGCAGCUUCCAGGCCCUGAACCAGCCCCGCAUCGCACACGUCUACCUCAUCGUCCAGGUGCCGGCCAAGAUCGUGAACAUCUCUCAGGACAAAUCGGUGAACGAGGGCGACGACGUGAACCUGUUCUGCCUGGCGGUGGGGCGUCCGGAGCCCACCAUCACCUGGAAGGACUUCAAAUAUGGCCGGAUGUACGAGGGAGAGUUCCUGGACAUCACCGAUAUCAAACGACAUCAGGCCGAGGAGUUUGAAUGCAUCACUAACAACGGCGUGGCCCCGCCGGACACGCGCCGCGUCAAGGUCACCGUUAACUAUCCACCUGUAAUCACAGACGUGAAAAACAUGCCGGCUCAGCUCGGGAAGACGGCCAUCCUGCGCUGUGAAGCCAUGGCUGUACCCACGGCGUCCUUCGAGUGGUACAGGGACGACCGGAGGCCGGUGGAGAACGACAACACGCUGAAGAUCAAAAACGAGAAGACGCGCUCCCUGCUGCUCUUCACCAACGUCACGGAGAAACACUUCGGCAACUACACCUGCUUCGCCUCCAACCGCCUAGGGGCCUCCAACGCCAGCAUGCUGCUCUUUAGGCCCGGGGCGGUGUACAGCGUGGGGGCGCCGCUGAGCCCCUGCGUCUCGGGACUGGGCUUGUGGCUGGGCCUCUCCGUCUCCAUCCUGAUGAAGGUCUAAAACUUCGCCGCCUCGGAAAAAAGGAGUCUUUAAUUACGAACCCAUCACUGUGAACAAAAAGAAUUAUGCAUUAACCCAGGAGCCAUCGCUACAUCCCAUAAUCACUCCCCCUCCCUCCUUCCCUCCUUUUCUCCUUUUCUCACCUCUCUCUCCAUCUCUCUCUCUCUUUUUUUUUGUAUCUCUCACUUUUUAUCCACUCAUCCACACUUAUCAUCACAUCAGCGCAUCAACUACUCCUCUUCCACACUAAGCCACUGCCUCUUCUCCCUCUUCUCUUCUUCAGUGAAGGUCACCUCUCUUUUUUUUUCCUAUUUUUCUUUUCUUUCGAGAUGUUCAUAGCUGGCGUACGUCGACGAUGUGAUGGUAAUGGUAAUGGCAAUGAUGGCGCGAAUGCUUAAAAAAGAGAAAAAGAUGUGCAAGAAAAGAUAUGAUGUGAAAAGAAAAUGACUGGAAAAUGACUAAGAUGAAAAACGUUGGAAACUGGAGGAAUCAUUAUUGUUACAUUGUUAUUACAUUGUUAUUACAUUGUUGUUACAUGGUUGUUACAUUGUUAUUACACUGUUAACCACGCCACAUUGGUAAAAAUGGUAAAAAAAAAAUAUUACUGCGAAUGAUGUUAGUUAAUCCGUGUUUAAGCUACAGUCAGUAUGUAAGUAUGUAAGUAUGUAACGACUCAAUCGACUCAAUCAGUCAUUCAGUAACGGUAACUCUAACGUAACGAAUGCUAUAAACGAAUUACUAUUGUUAUUAUGAUUAUGAUUACGAUUGUUAUGUGAAGCUACAGCGGCACAUGACAAUGACUGGUACCGAAACUUUUACGGAAAAAAAAAGAAACGGUUACGAGGUAACGCACCGCGAAUCAUGUUACGGAAUGACCGGGAACAUUCUUCUUACCUUGUGUUGUCUUGUUGGUGCGCGUGCUGGGCAUGUUGUUCGAUAUGGUUGUGAAAUAAUGUUUGUGAAAGUGACGAUGAUGAUGAUGAUCAUGAUGUUUAUGAGGAGGGUGACGUUGUUGCCGUUGGCGACGUUGUUACCAUCGGCGACGUCAAUGCAGACGAAGGUCAGGUGACCCUCUAUAUACCUGCUAUACCCGUGGCUGUUCACCAGCAGGCCCCCUUACCGGGCCUUUCGCCUCUCGGACUUCCCCAGCCCACAGCCAUCUGAGCGUGCCGAAUGAUGUCAAAACCCACCCUUACUUCCUGUGCUGAAGGGUCAGCAAUGGAGGACAUGUUCGGGAGGGAGGGAGGGAUGGAUGGAGGAAGGGAGGGGGCGGGGUCAUCGUCUUUUCUCCCCGUUCUCCCUCGUUCUCUUUGCUCCAUUCGCUGGAAGUCUCGACCCAGGGCAAAGCAUGUGACCCCAUGAGUCCGGCCUUCUGAAUCUGUAAACCUUCUCUUCCUACUACUCUUCCUCUUCAACUUCCUCCACUUCAUAAUGUUCCUCUUCCUGUUCCUCUUCCUUUUCACGCACCGCAACCCUUUACGCUACGCAUCACCCGUGUUGAACCUGAAUCACCUCCAGUGUAAAUAGAUAUACAUACGUAUGCAGUAUAUGCAGUAGAGGCCGUCUCAUAGCGAAGCGAGAAAAAAAAAGAGAGAAAAAAAAGAAAGAAAGAAGUGAAACAAAACGAAAAAAAAAAAAGUACAUUUCCCAUCAGCCUCUCUGUUUCCCAAUGAGCCAUUGAGUUUUUCCUGCAGCCUGGAGGUCACGUUUCCCAGCAUCCUCUACUCUACUACAAAACAAUCAACCCAAUCAACCAAUCAAUCAACCAAUCAACCAAUCAACCCACCAAUGAAAAGCUGUCGAUCUUCACCCUCCACUCUUCACUCUCCACUCUUCCUUGUCGCUUGUUGAUAGCAUGUACUGGUUAGAGCUGUUUCCUGUUGUGACGUCCAUCCCAAGCUCCGCCCCUAACCUUCCCUCUCCUUCCCUCCCCUCCCCCAAAGCCCCGCCUCCUCCUUAUAAACCCCUCCCCCCUGCACUGUGUACAUUUAAUCUGCAAGGUUAACUGCUAAUUACUUUUUUGGUGUUAAUAAUAAUGAUGAUGACGACGAUUAUUAUGAUGAUGUUAUAAUAAGUAUUUGAACAGACAUUACGACGUCGAUGACGGUGAUGAUGAUAUUUACGUGUACGAGAAAAAAAACAGCGAAAAACUAAAAGGGAAAACAGACGAUAAAGAAAAAAACAAACAAAAAAACUAAACAAGCAAUGACGACGGAGCCAUGCGUGCGAAAAUAACAUUUUUUUUGUACUUUGCUCUGGUUUAAAAAAAAAUAUAUUAAAAAAAUAUAGAAUAAACUGCAUUCAAUGAACGGGGGGAGGGGGGAGAUAUAUAAAAGAAAAGAGAAAAAACAACAAAAAUGAAAAAAGAGAAAAAAAAAAGCAAACAAAAAAAUCACGUUGAGUUUUUUCGAAGUCUUGUGCUCUAUUUUGCCAUGACGAGCUUUUUAAAAAACGUAAAAUAAAAACACACACACAUACAAAACGGGGGCGGCGCGACUCGAGCCGGGUCGCUCACUUGCUCGCGACGGGAGCAAUCAAUGAAAUGUAAUAUAAUUUGUAAUGUGUAUGUAUUCGAAAGUUUGUUUUUUUUCUUUAAGUCCUUUUCUUUAGGUCUAUUUUGUUCGUUUGUUUGUUCGUAUGUUCGUUUCUUCCUUUUUUUAAGGCUCUGUACUGUAUGGGAUGUAUGAUAAUCCAUCAAUUGAUCCAGCCAUCAUCUCUUUGUUCCCACAUCUUCCCUGAUAACACAACCAAAAACUCACACAGUGUUAGCGCUAGCAUUAGCAUUAGCACAAAAAAAAUCCCCUUCCUCGCAACCAGGAACCAGAUAAGUGUAAAAUAGAGAUGUAAUUAGCUAGCCGGCACUGCGGUUCGGCCAGGCGGAGGGACCGCGGCAUCCUCCUCGUCUCUCCAUCUGCUGCGGAACGGGGCUCAUAAAUCAAGCUCAAUCCCGCUACUGACAGGAUCCUCUUCAAGGACGGCGGCACGCCGAAUCUUAGCCCCCCGCGGACUAAUUACCCGCCACUUAGCGGCGUAUGGCGAGGACGCUGGUGGAGAGCUUGCCGGUGCCUGGCUGAAAGAACCUGAGGACAAAAAAAAUUGGUUUUCUUGGUUUUAUUAGCUCGUUUUUUUCUCUCAAAUACAAAAAAAAAUAAUAUUAAACAUUUUAAAAAAGCUCUGAAUUGGCCAUCCAAUCACAGUGGAUGGACACAUUCAUUCGCUGAACCUACAACCAGCACUAAUCUGGCCUAGAGUGGUUUAACCUAGCCGAUUUCUAGACAGCAAAUUCUGUUUUUUUGGAAUAAACUCCCUUUAAUAGUUAAUAUCAACUCAUUUUAUAUAUCUACAGUAAAAUAUAGAUCUCAGCUUCUGGAGUUAAUUUUAACCAUAACUCUUUCACACUGGAAAAAAAUGUGUUAUUAAACUAAUAUUAUUAAUAUUUUAAAACACUGGAACAUUUUGAAGUAGAAAUGACAAUGAAAAGCAUCAUUACUGAUUUACAAUAACAAUUUCAUACUCAACAAUUGUAUGCCAGUGUAUAUUUUUUAAUUGCAUGGCUCAACUUUAGUCCUGCAUUGCUGUUCUUAGCGCAUUAACAGUGCAGAAGAUGGUAACUUGCUCUUAUAGCCAACAACACAUCAGCUAGGCAAACAACCAUCAUAUAAAAUACAAUGAAAUACCCAAUGGAAGGUAGAGAUUUGGUGGGCAAAACUACACACUGAUGGUAAGUUAGGAUUGGGGGACACGCCCAUUGGAGUUGAGUUCAGUCACGCUCCUCAACACCUUGGAAUAAACUCUGAAAUAAACUCUACACCGCCAAAGAGUUACCCUCAACUCAACUUGUAGUAAAAGUUGGAGAAUAUACUCUCACAAUUGAACACUUUCACACAUUUUUCUUUAACUCUAAAGUUGGGUUUAAAAAAACAGAAUUUGCUGUGUAGUAAAGCUUCUUUACGGCUAAACUUUGGUACAAUUAAAUCAUUUCUCAAUUAACUUCAAGCAACUACAGCAAAAAUGACUGUCUCUGUAUUGUUUAACACUUCUUAAAAAGCUGAAGCAAAGAUCCUCAAAAGACUGUACUAAAUAGAAAUGGAUAGCAUUGAUAAUAAGGCUAAUCUGAGACAAUGCUAACAGCUCAACUACUAUGCAACUGGAACUCGGCUAAUCCAACUACUAAUCCAAACUCAUCCAAACUAUAAAGAACUAGAACUAUGUUCUAAUCCAGAUUAUGAGAAGCAAAAACUACUAAACUCAUGUAAAGAAAAAAAACGACUUUAAGGUUAAAAAUGAAGUUCGGUCAAUCUAUUAGAAAAGAAGAAUUUUAAGAACUUUGAAAGUAUCCUCAAGUACAGUCACUGCAAAGACCAUCUAAAAAUAUUAUAAUGAUGAAACUGGCACUCAUCAGGAGCGCUCUUCAAAGGACAAACUGUCCAAAAUAGAAAUGGAUGGUAUAUAUAAUAGGGCUAAUCUGAGAUGAUGCUAACAGUGAUAGCUGAUAUAAUAAUGCUCAACUGCUAUGCAACUGGAACUGGGCUAAUCCAACUACUAAUCCAAACUCAUCCAAACUAUGAGACACUGAAGAAACUAUGAAGAAAAACAUAUGGAAUUGUUUAGAGUUGGUAUACAGUAAAUAGCUCCAUUUGAGUAAUGUUCUAAUCCAGAUUAUGGAAAGAACUACUCAACUAAGUACAGAAUAAAAAAAUUA